AUUGUUAUCACAAAUAUUUUGAUAACUUUUAAUAACUACUCGAGACCACGCCCAAUCGAUUACUGGCCCUACAUGUAUAGCUGGGAGAACUGCUGAGAGUGACUUCUUGUUACCGAGUCACUGGCUGUGUAGUCACUCAACGGGUCCACUCAUCAUUCCAGUGAUAGUUGUCGUCUCUAGGGCGCGCUACGACUGGUCCUCUGUUCUCCUCAUAGCUCCCUCGCUCUUUUUUCCCAGACCCGCCGAGCGAAUUCACCGACACACUACCAACCGAGUCCGUCUCUUCGUGUAGUCAGUUACGAGAAGACCGAGUCUGUACUGUGCCCAUCUCCUAGCUCCCCCGUUUCUUCUAUUAUCUUCCUUCGCUUUCCGAUUCAGCCCGUCUCUCAGUAUUAUGGCGUUGCUCUGAAGGGGCACACAGCAACCAAUUCGGCACCGUUAGCUCUUCUAUUAUACCGUCUGUCACUCUCUGAUCCAGUGUCACAUCAUUUAACACGACCAGUAGAACUUCAUCACGUCAGCUCACCAUUUUCAUAAAGCACAUAUACUAAAUACUAACAGAUAGCUUAUACAGGUCAUUCUCCAAUCAUUCCCUCUCUUUGGUCUUUUGCUCCAGAAUCACUUUACAAACAAUCUGACAGUUUUUCUUUUCUUGUUUUUGUCUCAUCACACGAUGACUACAGCCAUGGUUGAUAAUAGCAUUCUUUCUUUUCCUUCUAAUAAUUCAUCAGUUUGCUCGUUUCCUCAUUACGCAGCGGCUGCAGCUUCAGGUAGCAAAAAGUCUAAAGAAACCACUAGUAGUGCUUCCACAUCCUCUACAAAAUGGCCUCCACAUUCUUCAUCAUCAGCUCCAGACAGCAACUGGUCCAACUCCUCAGCCACUAGCCCUGACAGUGCCUCUGACAGCAACCCGUCAAUCCAGUCUAACAAGUUUAGCGGGAGAGGAAGCGAUGGCCCUUGGAACAACCAGCCCCGUCAGCAGCAGUCGCACGACCAAACAUGGCCGUCAUCCUCCAACCAUUGGGUCUCUGACGAGGACUCUUAUUCUAACUCUGACCCCAUCACAGAGGAGGGGCUGAGCAACGAGAUGAGUGAUGGUUUUCAAGGUAGCAGUACCCGUGGGCCUGAUAAGGCUACAGGGGGUGGUAGACAAUUGAAUGAAGUUUGGGAAGACGAGUCUGCCAGACAGAAGAAGCAUUUGGAGACUACCUCGUGUAGAGAUGUAAAGUCACCAAGCAACGAGUCUGUUGAUGGCGGAGGGGACUCUACAGUGGGUGGGGAGGGAGGAGGAGUUUGGAGGAGCAGGAAUAGCAUGGGUAGUACCUCAUCAGUCAACAGUGUAGGGAGCAGCUCUAGUUGGAAGACUAGUAACACUAGAAUUAAUAACUACAAUAGAUCAAAUAGUCCAAGGAAAGGGACCGGAAUGGGUGGUGGACGCUACGAGUCUCACCGCAGUCUUUCAGUGAGUAGCAAUGGAGGGGGAGGGAUAGGGCGGGGCAGUAGUAGGUUCUCUGGAAAGAAGAAGCCUGUCAUGGACCUUGAUGACGCAAUAGAGAGUCUUCAUUCCGAGCCGAGUGGAUGGGGGGAUCUGCCGAGCCCUAAACCGACAGGGAUUGAUACUGGUACCGAAGUUUGGGGUAUUCCGGACGAUGUGAAGCAAAAGAUGAAGAAAGAUAAGCCUCAUAUUGGAGGAGGGAGGGGACAAUCUUGGAGUGAUACUGGGGAUGAAUGGGGAGGUCCUGAGGUAGACCAGGGCUGGAACGGAGGCAGAGAGAAUGGCUCUGAGGCCUACCAGUGGGAGACGACUGGCCCUGGGAACUUGUCUGAUGGCAGCAAUGGCUGGAGUACCGUCAGCAAAGGAGGAAAGGAAAGGAGCAAUGUCACUGAUAAAGUCAAAUUGUUGGUUGAUAUGGGAUUCUCACCUUCUUCCUGUGAGAAGGUCCUCAAAAUGAAUAAUAACAAUAUAGAAGCUGCUCUAGGGGAUCUCUUAGCAUUAUCAGCACUCAAGGAGGACGACCAGGAGCUCUCUUCCGCUCCUCCUCCUUCCCUCAAUCUUGCUCCGCCAAUCAAAUCAAACGAGACAGGUCCCUCUCCUCCUCCCUCCUCCUCCUCCUCUCAUUAUUUCAUAGCUACCUCAUCCACCUCUUCAAGCCCCACCCCUCCCUUAACCCCAUCCCUCCAGUCACCAUGGAACCACAGACCACCCUCAGUCCCUAGCACUUCUAUGCUGACCACACCCACCACUAAUAGCGGAGGAGCAGGGGGUAACGUCCAUACUGGGCUUGAUCUUGUUAAUCUCCAACAGGUGCUGGGCCAGCAGUUGAACCAGUACUUGUUGCUGAGGCAGAGAUUAAUGAUACAGAUCAGUCAGUUAAAGGCUGUUCCCCAAGGAGGUGGGGCACCACAGCAUCAGUUCCUCAUGGCUAACUUGAAUCAGAUUAAUACUCAAAUAAAGGGAGCCCAUCAACAGCUCGCACUUAUCAAUCAAAUGAUACUCAAGCAGCAGCAACACCUCUCCCCUGACGAUAAAGACGAAAAGGACAAUCUUGUUCUGGGUGGGGUCAGUAGUGAGGCCACGCCCACCACCAGCGGGAUUGAUGUAAGUGUUUCAAUGCAGAGCCUGAGUCUUGAUCCUCCUCCCCCUCCUCCUCCUGGGGAAGUUGGUAAGCUAUCAGCGAGGAACCUCUCACGGCUUCAGAAGGUGAUGACGUCAGUGGAUGAGGGAAGCAGCAGUGGAGCCACCAUUACUGGAACUGAUGAUACCAGCACAUUAUCACAGUCUGAGAGCAUCCUACAAGAAGACGCUAAUGAUUCUCCUCCUCUACUGCUCAACACUUCUACCAGUACAACCAGUACCGUCUCCUCCGGUGGCGGGUUUACUUCCAGUGGUCGCUUUAGCUCUGUACGCUCCGUUGACGAGAUACCAGAGUUCAAACCGGGCGUUCCCUGGAAUCCUCACUCUUCCAAGCCUCACCACAGCCUCACCGCUCCCAGCACUCCAUCAGGUCCUAGUGGAGACUACACUGUUCCUGGUAUGUAUGGGGCUGAGCCCAGUGAGAAGAGCUACUCUGCUUAUAAUAGAGGAGGCUCAAGUUAUAUGCCUUCUGCUGGUUUUGGUAAUCCCCAUCCUUCCACUGGGGGUAUUGUUGGAAUGGAUUCAAAGUUUCAAGGGACAUCAAGAUUCUCAAGCCAAGCCCCCACGUCCCUCCAGUUUAACAGAUCAAACAGCUACAAUGGGAGCUCUAAUAGUUUUUAUGCUAACAGUACAGUAGGAGGAGGGGUUGGUUCCUCUAGUGCUUAUAAAGGAUAUGGUGUUGGUAUGCAGCAGGGACAGCAGUCAAAGUAUCAUCCCCAGCAGUCACAGAUGCAUGUCCAGCAGCCCUCGUCAUUUUCAAGACGUCCUAAGCUUGGACACCAGCACAGCUACAGUGGUUACUCGUCUACUCUCCCUCCUACGCCCACUGGUGGUAAUUAUGGUGGCCGGUCCUCGGUCAGUGGUGGUAGCUAUAGGGGGAACGGAGGGUCUUAUGGACAACAACAGCAAAACAAAUGGACCUUUGAUGGUAAUCCCUGGGGCAUGCCUGCAACAUCAGGUAGUAUAUGGUCAAUGGAAAGUUCAGAUUCAUUGUUGAACACAACAGCAUCAAGUGGUGGCACUGGGACUGGCUACAAUGACUGGAGGGGAGGAGGAGGAGGAGGAGCAAUGGGACGUAAACCAUCUCUUCCAUUGCAGCUCUCUCCUCACAAUAGCUUCAUUGUGUUAAGGAAUGUUACACCUCAGAUUGACGAGACUUCUUUGCGUGAGGUGUGUAGUGAGUAUGGCAAAGUCCUAGCCUGUACAAUCAACUCAUUUAACGAGUCAGUUCUCAUCAGGUACUCUACCAAAGAAGAGGCUGCUCUCGCAAAGUCUGGCCUAGACAGAAACCCUUCCAUAUGUGGCGUGUAUGUAAACCCCCAAUUCGCCUCGGAAGCUGACAUUUCCUCUUUCUCUGAUCAAAGGACGCCUUCCUCUAACAUCAGCCUCUCCUCUGCUUUCGGGAUGUCCUCGUCAUGGCUGCCCCAGCGACUCCCCCACCCUUCCCCUCAACCGGUCAAGAAGCCUGCCUCUCUCUGGGGCACAGACUCCAGGACUAGCUCCUCUAGUGAUAGCUCGCAGAUGUCUCUUUGGGGGACAAGCGACAGCAGCUCAACUGGUUUGACUUCCUUGUCUAGUCCUUGGGGUAACUCUGUGUUGCCUCCCACUCCAUCACAGCCACUACCUACUGCUGCUCAGCGAGAAGAGGGCAGCUCCCACCAAUCGACUGUUAGUUCCAGCCCUCCUCUCUCUACCUUUCUACCCAAUGGACUUUUCUAACGGGGAGAGGAGGAGCGAGUCUCUCUCUUUUUAAAAUUUAUUGUAAUUUUUUGUGUUCGUGUCCUGUCCCGUGUUUGUUCUCUUUUUGUUUCUCCAACUCUUUAAGGAUUCCAGAACCGUUGGCAAACCCACAUACUACUAGUCAAUUAAAUACAUAUCUAUUAUUAUAAUUAUUAUAUAAAGAGCACCACUAUGAUAUGCUGUAGCAUUGGAAAAAA